CGUUGCCUUCAUUCAUCUUCUUCUCCAAGACCCAUCUCUCUUCCACUGUUAUACACUGAAACUCCCAAUCCCAAAUAAAAGAACUGAAAGCUCUGAGUUGAUCAACUCGACUCAGCUUGACUCACUCACUUGCCUCCAUGGAUCCUUCUCGUGCUUUUGUCACAAAUGUCAAGCGUCUCAUUGUUAAGGUAGGAACAGCUGUGGUGACUCGAGGUGAUGGAAGAUUAGCGGUGGGUAGACUCGGUGCUUUAUGUGAGCAGCUCAAGGAACUAAAUUCUCAAGGUUAUGAGAUAGUGCUGGUCACUUCAGGUGCUGUUGGUAUUGGUCUUCAAAGGCUUAGGUAUAGAAAAUUGGUCAACAGCAGCUUGGCUGAGCUUCAAAAUGCACAAUUUGAACUUGAUGGCAAAGCUUGUGCAGCUGUUGGGCAAAGCAGUUUAAUGGCUCUAUAUGACACCUUGUUUAGCCAGCUUGAUGUUACUUCUUCACAAUAUCUUGUAACCGACACUGAAUUUAGGGACACUAGUUUCAGAAAACAGUUGUCUGAAACAGUGAAAUCUUUGUUGUCUUUGAAAGUAAUCCCUAUUUUUAAUGAGAAUGAUGCAGUCAGCACUCGAAGAGCGCCUUACGAGGAUUCUUCGGGUAUAUUUUGGGACAAUGAUAGUCUUGCCGGUCUUUUAGCUAUGGAACUAAAAGCUGAUCUCCUCGUUAUGCUGAGCGACGUGGAGGGGCUUUAUAGCGGACCUCCAAGUGACCCAAACUCGAAACUGAUUCAUACGUAUAUAAAAGAGAAACAUCAAUGUGAAAUUACGUUUGGAGAUAAGUCUAGGCUUGGUAGGGGUGGUAUGACUGCAAAGGUUAAUGCAGCUGUCUGUGCAGCUUAUGCCGGUAUUCCUUCUGUUAUUACGAGUGGCUAUGCCACUGAUAGCAUUAUAAAGGUACUUCAAGGGAAGUGUGUCGGGACUCUGUUUCAUCGAGAUGCACAUUUAUGGACUUUGGUUAAAGAACUCGGUGUACGCGAGAUGGCGGUUACGGCACGAAAAUGUUCGAGACAACUUCAGGCAAUGAACUCUGAAGAUCGGAGGAAGAUUUUGCUCGACAUUGCCGAUGCCCUCGAGGCUAAUGAGAGUCUAAUUAAGAUUGAAAAUGAAGCUGAUGUUACCGCUGCUCAGAAUGAUGGAUACGAGAAGUCAUUGAUAUCUCGUUUGUCAUUGAAACCCGGAAAGAUAUCCAGUCUUGCGAAAUCGAUUCGUGUACUUGCCGACAUGGAAGAUCCUAUUGCCCAAGUUUUAAAGAGAACAGAGCUUGCAGAUGGACUCAUCUUGGAGAAAACAUCUUCUCCUCUUGGUGUACUGUUGGUCAUAUUCGAGUCUCGACCCGAUGCUCUUGUUCAGAUAGCUUCAUUAGCCAUUAGAAGUGGGAAUGGCCUAUUGCUCAAAGGUGGCAAAGAAGCUAAGAGGUCUAAUGCAAUCUUGCACAAGGUGAUCACUUCGGCCAUCCCGGAAAAUAUCGGAGAAAAACUCAUUGGACUAGUGACUUCGAGAGAGGAUAUUCCUGAUUUACUUAAGCUUGAUGAUGUGAUAGAUCUUGUAAUCCCCAGAGGCAGCAAUAAACUUAUUACUCAAAUUAAGAAUUCGACCAAAAUCCCUGUUCUUGGUCAUGCUGAUGGAAUUUGCCAUGUUUAUGUGGACAAAUCUGCUAAGGUGGAUAUGGCUAAACAGAUUGUUCGUGAUGCAAAGAUAGAUUAUCCUGCAGCAUGUAAUGCUAUGGUUUAUUCGGUUCCCAUCGGUUCUCAGGAAACUCUUCUACUACACAAGGACUUAUCGAGUAACGGUUUGCUCAAUGAACUCGUUUCGGAUCUCCAACAUGAAGGUGUUACAGUUUACGGUGGACCGAGAGCAAGUUCGUUGUUAAACAUACCGGAGACUCAUUCAUUUCAUCACGAAUACAGCUCGAUGGCUUGCACGAUCGAGAUCGUGGACGAUGUCCAAGCUGCUAUCAAUCAUAUACAUCAACAUGGAAGUUCUCACACUGAUUGCAUUAUCACUGAAAAUCAUGAAGUUGCUGAAACUUUCUUACAUGGAGUCGACAGUGCUGCUGUAUUUCAUAAUGCAAGCACUCGGUUUUGUGACGGAGCACGAUUCGGACUCGGUGCCGAGGUUGGAAUAAGUACCAGUAGAAUUCAUGCCCGUGGUCCGGUGGGAGUCGAAGGAUUGUUAACAAAUCGAUGGAUUUUGAGAGGCAGUGGGCAGGUAGUAAAUGGUGACAAAGGGGUUAUUUACACUCACAAGGAUCUUCCCCUUCAAACUCCAUUAUAGAUUUAAAAGGAUAUGUUUUUUAACCCUUUGAUUAUUGUAAGAUUAUGCACGUUAAGUAAGGGUUUGAGUCGAGCUUUGUGGAUGAAAAAAAUAAUGGUAAUUCGACUCAAGGUUUCUAAAAUUAGAUCAGUGAUCAAUUUGGUCAAACCUUGGUUCUUAAUCUGAUUGGUUUGGCCCGUUCAAUUGAAUAAAUUAUUAAAAAAAUAAAGAAAAUUGCUUCAA